AUGAAAACAAAGAGCCUGUAUGAGGGUACCGGAGGGACACUUAUUACCUUUGGGAUUAUAAGCAUUUUCUCUGGAAUUUUUGCUUUCUUUCCUGUUUUUUCUUAUAAGCCUUGGUUUGCUGGCUGGAGCGUUCGAAUCGCCUGUCCCAUCUGGAAUGGAACUUUGGCUGUUAUUGCUGGUGUACUUAUCCUUUUGGCGGACAGAGGACAAACACAAAGAUCACUUUGGGAAGCUAGCUUCACCUUUGGCAUAUUGAGCAUCAUGGGCUCCCCAAUUCAAUUUGCUGUUGCAAUUGUCUCCAUCCUGCUUGGUCCAUACUGCUACUAUUCAUUUGCUGGGAUUGCAGGGACUAACUAUCUCGGUUAUGCAGUUUUGUUCCCUUUUCCCUAUGAGGAAUUUAUGUCUCUUUGCAAGGACCCACUGCACUACGAGUGGUACCAUCUGGUUCUACAAAUACUAGACCUUUGCUCAAGUUUUGUCAUGUUUUGUGCUUCUUUGGCUAUUGUGAUCAAGCUCACUGCAAGACUGCUCCAAUUUGGACAUCUAAAUGUGAGUAUUAAUCAUUAUGGGGAAGGUGGAUUACUGCCGGUAACACAGUAG